CACCUUGCACUUUUUCACAAGUUACACCUCAACCUGCAAAUCCGGGAAAACUUGGACAUCUCCCAAGUGCAGUCUCUGGAGAGUCGAAGGACCUAUUAAGCCGUCAAAACCCAUGUCAAUCCUAGGGCCAAACGAUCGCCGGCCCGAAGUGCAGUUACAUGGCUCUACAGUCGCACACCUUCGGACGUGGCGAACGGAGUACGUUGAUGAAUACAGUGCGCCUAAGCUGGCGGAGGGAGUGCCGGCUGUGCGCGAGCAGAUGGAGACCAUAAACGCGCAUGUGAGGACCCUGCAGGCGGCACACAGUCAGCCGAACGGCGCCACCGACCCCCUGCCAAAGGGCUUCCCGCCCGCAUCCACGAUGAGACACCCAGGGGAUUCGCCUAUUGGUACAAUGACCCGCGGGUCAGGGGCCGUGACGUCGCUCAAGGAUUCUGUACUGUACGGCCAGGAGCAAACAUGGGCACACUGGCGCGUUGCGGUGGACGGAAAGCCGCAGGAUACAAGGCGGAAGUACCGCGGCGUUAAAGUUUGGCUGGGUGACAAACGGGACCACUACUACAUCCUGUCGCGUUUCCUCAUCAGUCGAAGCCUCACAAUUACCAAGAUUCCGAGCACGAAGGCAGUAAAGAUUGCUUUGGACUUGAAGAAGCACCUGGUAGAUCACGACAAGCUCAGCGUUAGCCAGGAUGAGCUGGAGGGGACGCUGUUUUCGCUCAUGCGGGAAAAAGGGUACGGCCAGCCGUACAUUGAUUGCUAUCGUACUGUGUCGGAGUUUUACCAACUACGGCAACCCCUGGUCAUCAUUCUAUGCGGCGCGCCGUGUACGGGCAAGUCCACGAUCGCGCAGCAGCUGGCAGCUCGGCUCAACAUGCCCAAUGUGUUGCAAACAGAUGUCAUAUGUGAGCUCAUGCGACGUGGUGCUGGGGGCCCUCUGUGUCCCCGACCGCCGUGGUCACGUCCUGUGGACAGCAACGACCUCACCAUCGCCUCGGACGCAGCGGCGACUGGGUUGGCCAGGGCCAGCACCCGCGACCCAUGGGACAUUGAAGAAAACCCACGCCCGGUACGACAAGAUGCCCAAUUCUCACCGCCGCCAGGCGCUGGAGGGACAGCAGAGGGAUGUGGAGGUGGCGGCGACGGCGACGGCGCCGCCGUCAGCAACAAGAGCAACAACGGCGACAGCGGUACGGCAUUCGUCCGCCAGUGUAGCGAUGGCUGCGUCGCCGCCGCAAAGCCAGUGGCGGCGACGCGGGUAGCGGUUGGGACGAAGUGCGCAGGGGAUCUGCAGGAGGGGCGUAAGAGGGAGUUGUGCGAUGGUUGGGACAGAAGCGGUGGCGAUGGUGGCGGCAACAACGGUGGCGGCGGCGGCAGUAGCACGUCUAUGGAUGCCUGGUUGCUGUCGGAGUUUCAGAGCGAGUGUCGCCAUGUACGGCGGGCACUCCAGGGGGACUUUAACAAGGCCCUCCAGGACGGCAAGCCGCUGAUCCUGGAGGGCGUCCAUUUGGAUCCGGGGCAGCUGCUCAGGGAGCUGCAGGAUCUGGGUAUCGUCAUCCUGCCUGUGGAGCCCCCGCCAGCCACACCCGUCAGCAGCAGCAACCGGAGUGAUCAGCGCUCCCCGCCGCCCCAGCUGGUGAGUCAGGGCAGUGCAGCCGGGUGGGGAGACUUAGCCGCCGCAGCCGCCUCCGUGCCUGUCGUCGUCGGAGCGGCAUUUGAUGGUGCGGGAGGUGCUGAUGAAGGGGAGGAGGAGGAGGAGAAACUCGAUCGACGCAGCGGCAGCGGCGGCGACAGUGAAAGGGAGGGCGAGAUCCGCGGUUCGACGUGGGGGCUGCGACGGUGGCAGCCAUCGCCGCCUCCGUUGGGUGCAUCCGACGGGCGGCAGCAGCAGUCGCCGCAGCCGGAACUAUCGCCGCCGCCGCCGCCGCGGCUGCCGUACACGCGGACGUGUGCAAAGCAUGUGUCUUGGGGCUGCCCGGCGAAUGGUGGCGACGUCCCGGGGGCCAGUCUGGGAGAGAUCCCGCGGGGGGCCGCGGGUGAGGAAGUGGGAGGAGGCGAGGGGGGAAAGACGCGCGAGGCGGCGGGGGCGGAGGAUGCUGACAAGGCGGGGGAGGAAGGGCAUUCCCGAGACGGUGAGGAGGAGGAGGACGAGGACGGGCGUAGGAGCGGAAGUGGAAGCGGAUGCGGCGGUGGCGGUGUUGGUGGCGGCAGCGCUUUGCGCCGGCGGCGGCGGCGCGCGGCGUUGCGAGCGGCGGCGACGGCGGUGCCGCAGCGGCUAUCACAGAUCCGUCCGUCGGCUUCGGCAGCGCCGCAGGUCAGGGUCGCGGCGGCGGUGGCGACGCCGCCGAAGCCGACGGCGGCGGGGGCGGGGGCCGUACCUCCUUCGGGGAUGACAUCGAGUGCUACGGAGAGGCAUCGGGGAUUGGAGGAACGGGGAGACGGCGAUGAGAGCGGACGCGUACGGCAACACGCAGUCUCAUUGACCCACGGGUCAUGUCUCGCAGCUGCUCCCGCCACGGCCCCGGGGUUGACGGUUGACACGGCGGCGGGCGAGCUGGAUGAGCGGGACAGCCUGGAGCGAUGUAGGUACGGCAGGCAGGUUGUUGUACGACACGGUUACACAUGCUACGACCUCGACGAUGGAGCGUCUGACGUCAACAACUAUGGCGACGCCGACACUGACGGCGCCGUCAGCGGCGGCAGCUCGCCGCUGCGCGGCGCGUCACCAACUCCGCCGUCCCCGCCGCCGCCGCCGCCGCCAACCUCAUUGGAUAAUCUCAACGAUGCGCUUCCGCCGCUCCGUCGGGCGAAAUCCCACCCGGCCCUCUUCACCGCUGACAGUUCCGCCGCGGCACCCGUCGACCUGCAGGAAGGGGAUCCGUCGGCGGAAAACGAGGUCGUACAUUCGGCGGCGGACAGGGCAGUACGGUGGCCCAGUGGGUUGCAGUGGGCUGAUGGGGGGGACGAUGGCGGCGGCAGCGGCGGCGGCGGCGGCGGCGGGAGCAUGUUUAGCGCCGCCGCACAAACCACGCCAAGUGGUGAAGUGGACACCGUGGCGGCGGCGCCGCCGCCGCCGCCGCCACCACCGCCGCCAGUCUUGCGGCGUCCGGAUCGGUCUCGGAGCCACCAGCUGCUGUAUUCAGCGGCAGUGACGGCGACGGGGCCACCAGGCCCCCCUCCCCAGGCGCUCCCUCAUCCGCUGCCGUACCAUCUCCAGCAGUCACCCGCCCGGGAAGGUGGGGGGUUGGAUGUGAGUGGAAGGGGCUUCUGUCGCAACGGCAGCCUCUCCUCGAUGGAUAUGCUCAGCGUCAGGAACAGUCUGGCUGGUAUCCUCCGCAUGGGCAGUGUGGCCCACGGGUCGCGGCACAGCCCCUCACCUCGAAUACACCGUGGGGGGCUGCCGGGCCGCGCGGGUAGCAGCUGCGCCACCUCCCCCGACACCGCCGCCGGCCCCACCCCCGUCGCCCACGUCCUCACCCGGGUCGCACCGCCGCGCACCACCGGCACCGCUGCAGCCGCCCACACACCGCCCGCGCACCUGGCGCCUCAUGACGUACUACUGCUACAACAACAACAACAACAACAACAGCAGCCGGGACUGCCGCCGCCGCUGGUGCCGUCACAGCAGCCCCAGCCGCCGGAGCGGCAGCAGCUACAGCCGCUGAGGAGAGGGCAGCAGCAGGACGCGAUUUCGCAGGACGCACCACCGGCGAAACACCAGUACCAGUACCAGCACCAGCACCAGCAUCAGCACGUACAGAAGCAGCAGCUGAAGCUGACGCAGGAACAGGAGCAGCCGGGAGGCAAUCCAAGGGGCGGCGGUGCCGCCAUCGGAACUGCCGGAGAUACUGGUGACGAGGAGGACGGUGCGGGUGCGGGUGAUGGGAAUGCAGGUGGUGGUGAAGGUGGUGGUGGUGGUGAAGGUGGUGGUGAAGGUGGUGGUGAAGGUGGUGGUCAUGGCGAUGUGGGGGUUGCAGGGGGCGCGCUGCCGGGAGUGGUGCGGGUGCGGGUUCAGGGCUGUUCGGUGCCCGGGGGGGAGGAGGCGACGGAGGGCGGUGCCGUGAUACCGCCAAUGGAAGCGAGAAGACGGAAUGCGGCCGCCGCCGCCGCCGCAGCGGCAGCGGUGGCGGCCGCGGCCUCGGCAGGAGAAGUGGCGGCGGUAGCAGUGGUAGUAGCGGAACGGGUGUCUCUGGACCGCCGUGAACCAGAAGUUGCUGACGCGGACCGGAGCCCCUGGGUGACCACCGAGCCCGAGCAGGACUCGGGGGGUUGCAUGCGGCCACAACGACGGCAACCGCAGGAGGCGCCGCACCACCAUCACCACCACCACCACAACCCCCAGCAGGAACAGCAGCAGGAGGGGUGCCCGCAAGAGGUGGAGGAGCCGCCAGCCGGGGCCACCGAUGGAGGUGCUGGAGGGGGAGCGGGAGGGGGAGGGGGGGCGUCUCUUCCGCCCCUCUUCGUGCCAAUAGUGUUGCGAAUGAGCGAGGCCGACCACCGUCUGGCUCUUGAGGACAAUACGGCAGUGUACGACAGGGGCGGCGCUGGCGGCGGCGGGGGCGGUGCUGGCGGCGGCGGCGCCGACAGCACCCGCGCCACCAUUGCCACUGGUGACAUGGUGCUGGCGGGGCGGGGGGUCGCGGCUGUGGGCGGUGGGGAGUGCGAGGGCCCGGGAGUGGAGGAGGUGCUGCGGAGGGCCCAGUCCAUUCAGCGGUACCUGUGCGGCUUUGAAUGCCAGGGUAUGCCGGUAGUCAACGUCCAGUACGGCAACUUCAAUGAGGCGCUUGACGUACUGCACGAGUACGUCCUCAUGUGUAUCCAGGUGCUAGCACAACACGCUGCAGCUGACACAUCCUCAUCCAUGCACAAGUCAAACACGGGGAUGCAGUACACGCCGGAAAGUGGCAAGAUGGAUGCCGAUGGCGCCGCUGAGGACGAUGCCGCCGCUGGCGCUGCCGGCGAUGGCAUUGGCGUCGCAGCUAGCGAUGUGGAUGCAGGUGCAGGUGCAGGUGGAGAUGCCGCUGGCGAUGCGGGCCAUAGCGACCGCAAUGCCGAUGGCGGCCGUGGCAAGCCACGCUGCGACCCGCAGGUCGUCGCCGUCCGCUCACUGGCGCUGCGCUUAAAGUGCUUUCCUGCCACUGGCGGCGCCGCCGCUGCUGACAUAGCCGGCGCCGCUGCUGCCGGCAUUAACGCCGUCUCGUCUUUGUCAGCAGCUUGCAGCACUGAUAACUUACAGGACCUCCAACUCGCUGUGGAAACCUUCCGCCACGAUCUCAGCCACAUGCCAGCAGUGGACGCCCUCCGCGGCCACUCGGCUGGCGGGGGUACUGCCGUCAGCGCCAGUCCGGCCGUGGUAACCGUUUGCGGCCAUGUCGCAGCUGCGCCGCUGCGCGGCGCGCGAAAUUCGGGCAUCGGCUGA